ACUUCGCCGUGCAGCGCUUCUUGUGUCUACAGCACGAUCGUGUUUAUAAAUAAAUUGUAUUGUAUUGUGUAAAACUACUUUUAUUUAAACAACAUUCUUUUGUAUCACGUGAAGUACUAUAUGUCUACUUUAAGUAUAUUGAUGAAACUGAUGAAAAGCAGUUUAGUUUAUAUUCUUUACCUUCAGUGAUAAUGCAAACAAAGGCGUUAGUAAAUCAAUGCCAGCGCUACGAUUAACGGCCGAUUUGUAAAAUACAUUGUCGAACAUUAAGAGCAUUACCCCCUCUACUGGAGUUUACAGACCUGUGUAUACGAAUGCGAUGCUUACAAUACUUAUGAUGCAGGAAUAAUCAGAUAUUCAUUGACGUGUGUUAGUGUUGCUUCUUAGAUGUACAGAUAUACACACAUAUAUAACGUGAGUUUAUAUAGAAACGUGAACAAGAAAAUUAUAUUGGACAUAACGUGAAGUUAGUCAGAAAAUCUACUCAGUAACACGCAUGCGCUGUAGCCACGUGAAUCUGUCUGAACUGAGCAGCAUGUUUGCUACUAGUGGGGGAUACCAUUUUAAUGCCCACAGUGCUGCUCAUGUCCGAGUUUGAACGGUAUCUUCUCUCUCUGUGCAUGUUUAUAUGUGUAUAAAAAAAUUUACAUUCUAUCUUGACGCGAACUAUUAACAAAGGAAAACAUGUUCUGGAUGCAAGUGAAUAAUAAGUGAAUAAUAAGCAAGCAGUUUGUCUAAUAGUAAUAAUAAUUUCAUAAAGCAAAUAGCUCGAGUGUUAGUUUCCGUACGUCCCGUUGAUGCAAUCUCCAUGGAUAUAAAAUUGGACAACAAAAUGGACCCUUCUGAAUAUGCAAUAACAAUAAAAGAAGAGCCAAUCGAUCCAGAGGUCUGCGAUGAUUUGUCGCCAGUUGAUACGAAUACAGAGAAUAAAAAUGAAACAGCGACGUUUAAAGGUGAAUCUUCGGACGACAUUUAUUGUAAAAAUGAAGAAUCCGCGUUUCCUCAAGAAAAAGCAAUGUUGUACGAAAAAAUUGUCUGGAUAUAGAUGUAAUUUUUGUAAUCGAAUGUUUUCCUAUAAAAGACAUGUUCAAUCUCAUUUAUUCCAUGCGCAUGGGAACGCAAUACUUUCUGAUGAAAGCAAAAUCACGAAAACAUCUCCUGAAUCGUUAGGAAAGUCGAAUCAUGGUAUUGUGAUGACAGAAUCAAAUACUUCACACAGUCCCUGCCCAAAAAACGUAAAUAGCUCAAUAAAUAUAUCUUUGAAACUAUCUAAUGGUUCAAACAAUACACCCACCAAGGGUUCGAGCAGCAAUAUCAAGUCUACGCAUUCGAAAUGGUUAAACGAUUCGCAUGGUACACCUUCGAAAGGAAUGAAGCAGUCCGUCCUUACAGACUUCAUAUCGCCGUACAAAGACAAACCGAAUGACAAAUGGGUUAGCCCGGAAAAAGUUAUCGAUACGGAGAAUAUUCCUGUUACUGCGACUAUUAUUCCAAUUUCAACGCUCGAGACAUUUAGUAACAAGACAUCAACGGCUGCAGAAGUUAUUCAGAUGUCUACUUCUGUUAAGCGAAUCGAAUCUCCUGUUAGGAAAAGAUCAUCUGUUCAAACUCAUGUGAAUUUAAAAACAAUAAUAUCUUUAUUCAGGAACCAAAUAAAAACUGAAUCUGAAAGCUCGAAUACCUCGCACAAUAUGUCUUACAACCUUAGGCCAGUGAAAAGAUGUUCUUUAUAUGAUUCUCGCGAUUUAUUGGAGUGUAAAGAAUGUGUGGUCCGCUUGGAGAAAUGCGACAAAUUCUUGGAGCCUACUAGUUUUGUGUCAAACGAAGACGAAGACGAAGACGAAGACGCUUUCAAACAAGCAGUAUCGAAAAGCGUGAAAGAGGAAUUUGAAGGUUUUCGCGAAACAAGCUCGACAUGUGACUUGCCUUUGAAAACUGACACGAUUGCGUCAAAGCGAUUCAAUGAAUUUGUAAAAUCUUUCGCUGAUAGAUUAAUCGUACCUCAACAAGAAUCGGUUGAAUUUCAGAACUUUAAAGUCUGUCAGCAGAAAAUAAUUCAAUGUCAUAUUUGUAAAAAAUCGUUUUCUUCGAAGGAAAACCUGCGCGAGCACAUGAAAUUGUUCCAUACGAUUUACAUUUCGAGCAUAUGCAACGCGCGUUACACGUCCAUGAAUAAGUUACUAACUCACUAUCUACGUCAGCAUGGUGUGUUUAAACGAAGGGAAUGUUGCGUGUGUUAUGAGAAGUUUGACACGUCGGCACUGUUGAAGCGGCACAUGAUUCUGCAUUGUUUGAAGACCAUAAGAUCAAAAAAGGACGCUCCACCCGUUGAUGUUGAAAUAAAUUGCAAUGCAUUCAAGAAACAACACAAAUGCAAAGGUUGUCGCAAACGAUUUUGGCUAUACUCAUGUUUGAAACAACACGAGAAUGUAUGUCGUCGAAUGAAAGUGUUAAGAAAUAAACAACGCGUACCUCGUGUAAACCAUUCGUCUCGGCCCUUGAAAGAACCAAGUGACAUGGAACUCAGCAUAACUAGCAAACCUACUAUGGAAAAUAUUCCACCGAUAAAAACUAUAUACAAACAAGAUCAAUACUACAUAUACAAAACAACAGAUACAUCAAAAACAAGUCAACCAACAAACCAAGGACAGGACUGCUCAGCCACAAUUGAAGUUGACAUGGAACUCAACAAAACUAGCAAACCUACCAUGAAAAAAAUUACAACAAUAAAAAUUAUAAACAAAGAAGAUCAAUACUACAUAUACAAAACAACAGAUACAUCAAAAACAAGUCAACAAACAAACCAAGGACAGGACUGCUCAGCCACAAUUGAAGUUGACAUGGAAACCAACAAAGAUACAACUCAUCAGGACGUAAGCUGGAAGGUAGCCAGCUAUAACAAAAAAAGAAAAAUAACAGGUAAUCUAGAUACGGAAAAGCAGCGAUGGCUGCAAGAAUUACCGCUAAGAAACACCUUCAGCUCGCUAACAGAAGAAUUAGACGACGACCCAACAAGCAAUACCACAACUCAAUAA